GUUCAAGUGCGGGUUAUGAUCGCCAUAUCACUAUUUUCUCCCCUGAAGGCCGUUUAUACCAAGUUGAGUACGCCUUUAAGGCAAUAUCAAAUUCUGGUAUAACGACCGUAGGCGUUCGCGGUAAAGAUAGUGUGGUCAUCGUAACACAGAAAAAGAUUCCAGACAAGUUGCUAGAUCCAUCUACUGUUACGCAUAUUUUUCAAUUAACACCAUAUGUUGGUUGUGUUAUGACAGGCCUGAUCGCUGAUGCUCGCGCACAAGUAACUCGUGCGCGACAAGAAGCUACAGAUUAUCGUUACAAAUUUGGUUACGAGAUUCCUACAGACAUGCUUGCAAAACGAGUAGCCAAUAUCAACCAAGUGUAUACACAACACGCUGCCAUGAGACCUUUGGGAGUUUCAAUGAUCCUCAUUGGGUAUGACGAAGAGCGAGGUCCUCAACUUUUUAAAUGUGAUCCUGCUGGUUAUUACGUUGGAUACAAAGCAACGGCUGCUGGUGCUAAACAACAGGAAGCUUUAAAUCAUCUGGAAAAGAAACUUAAAAAAGAUCCGCAGUUAAAUCUCGAAGAGACUGUAGAGUUAGCAAUCAAUACACUUUCAUCUGUUUUGUCUGCUGAUUUUAAAGCAACCGAAAUCGAAGUUGCUAUUGUUACUCAAGAUGAUCCCAAGUUCCGAACAUUAUCUGUUACUGAAAUUGAAGCACAUCUUCAACGUAUUGUAGAAAAGGAUUAA